AUGCAGACGCAAUGGCCUGUGAUCGACUACAUAGGUAUGGUUGAAGAAAUCAACGCCUCAUAUAAGCUCUCAUAUGAUACACAACAAGCAGCGAUAUGUUAUGAGAAAUGUAAUGAUUUGCUUUUUCAAAUUGAGGAACAUGGAUAUCUUUUUAUCGCUCAUACACAUCUCAUUCUCGCCGUGUUAGCCUGUUCCAAAGAUCUCACCUCCAUCCAACAACACAUCCAAAUCGCCCUCCUCCAAAUCCGCAAUUUCCUUUCCCUCCCCGAAAAUGCCUCCCGAAUCGGUGUCUACGAUCCCUCCAAUUGUACUCAUGCAUUCUGUCUCGACAAACCCUACGCCGACAUAAAACUCAUAACUCAAUAUCAUCUCUUCAUCCUCGCUCUCCAACAAGAACAUUCCGUCAUGUUCUCCGCACAGAGCUGGAAGUCAUGGGACACGCAGUUCAAGGCGAUAGGCAAAGGAGAUGAUGCAUUUCGAUGCGAGGAUUACGAAAUGGAAGUCAAGAGCGCGGAAACGGGACUCUAUCAGAUGGAAGCUUUUCAUAAGCCGAUAUUGCCGAAGAUUGCGAAGAUGCAGGAUGAAAUUGCGAGUGAGAAGUGGGAGAAAGGUGCGAGGUGGUGGAGAUAUAUGAAUAGAGAGUUAGCGAAGGGAAAGUCAGGAGCAGAUGUGUGUCUUUUGGGGGGAGUACAUCUUGCGCCGUUCUUUUUGAUGGGGAUUUUUGGUUUCUGGGAUAGUAUUGAGAAGGUUGCUUUGGGUGGGUUUAGAGGGUAUGGGGGUUUGAGUGGAGAGGGAGUGGGAUGGUGUGGUGAGGGUGACACUGGAGGGGAGAGCGGUAGGGUAGUAGAUAAGGAUAGAGAGAGGUUGGAGAAAACGUUUAAUCGGAACCGUCUCACUGGAUAUUGUAGGGCCAUUCUGCCUUAUGCUCCGAAGAAUUUCGAGUUUAAGGAUUGUGUGUGUGUGCAGCGCAAGGAGAUCUAUAGCAAUCGUUCGGAGAGGGAUGAAGCGAUAGCGAAUGCGGAGCUGAGGUUUCAGGGGUAUGCUAGUACGAGUGCGUGUGGUUAUCAGUGGAAUUUCUAA